AUUUUGCAAGCAAAGUACAAAUGAUCUACUCGCCUAUUUGGUGUGCCCGAUUCAGGCUGAAUUCGAAAGGUAAACAUGCCCGAAUUUUAUGCAGCUACGCUGAGCCCUCGGCUAAAUACGCGUAAGAAGGUAGGUUUAUUUUCUCGGGAAGGGGCCGUGGAAUUUCGCCGCGCCCCCACGAACAUCCGAACUCUCGGCAGCCAAUGGAAGCACGAGCCCGGCCUCGCUCUUUCAGACUCGCACUGCCGGGAACAAUCAGACAAUUUGCAAUGGCAGCGCAGGAGCAGAAGGGACGGCUGAAGAACUUUGCAGCGCCUGCGCAGUGGGUGCUGCUGAGGCGGUGUCUGGUCAACCGGCUUUGCCAGUACCCGGUAGCUGCUGCAAAAAAUUGGCCUCCUAACGGUAGGUAAAGAUGGCCGAUCCUUGGGAAGAAUGCAUGAACUACGCAAUUGCUUUAGCAAGAAAAGCUGGAGAGGUAAUCCGGGAGGCAUUGACAGAGGAAGUAACUGUCAUGAUUAAAAGUUCUCCAGCAGAUCUAGUCACAGUCACUGAUCAAAAAGUGGAAAAUAUGAUUAUAUCUUCUAUAAAAGAAAAAUAUCCAUCACACAGCUUUAUCGGAGAAGAAUCCGUUGCAGCUGGUGCAGGAAGUAUUUUGACAGAUAAUCCCACAUGGAUUAUUGACCCUAUAGAUGGAACAACUAAUUUUGUGCAUAGGUUUCCCUUCGUAGCCGUUUCAAUUGGCUUUGUAGUAAAGAAGCAGAUGGAAUUUGGAGUUGUGUAUAGCUGUGUGGAAGACAAGAUGUAUACUGGUCGAAAAGGAAAAGGAGCCUUUUGCAAUGGACAAAAACUCCAAGUGUCAAAACAACGAGACAUUACAAAAGCACUCUUAGUAUCAGAAUUGGGGUCCAACCGUGAUCCAGAAGUUAUCAAAACAGUUCUAUCUAAUAUGCAGAGGCUCCUUAGCAUUCCUAUUCAUGGGAUUAGAGCAGUAGGGACAGCAGCUGUUAAUAUGUGCCUGGUCGCCACAGGAGGAGCAGAUGCCUAUUAUGAGAUGGGAAUUCACUGCUGGGACAUGGCAGGAGCUGGAAUUAUCAUUCUUGAAGCUGGGGGAGUGCUGCUCGACAUCUCAGGAGGACCAUUUGAUUUGAUGUCAAGAAGGAUCAUUGCUGCAAAUUGUCAAGCAAUAGCAGAGCGGAUAGCAAAAGAGAUUCAGAUCAUUCCUUUGCAAAGGGAUGAUGCAGUGAAUUAAAUAUGCUAUCACAUGGCCUCUAUUUCAUAAAGAACUCCUUGGAUGCUCACCCAUUGUACCUGAGUAAAUAUAGACUCAGUUAUCCAUCUUGAUAUGUCAAAACCUGCUGCUGAAAUCCUUCCCCUCUCCAAUAUUUUAAACAUUUCUUUUAUUAUUUAUCGUGUGUGCGGCACAUUUUUAAAUGUCAUGCUUUCUUGCCUCUGACAAGGAAAUAAAUGGGAUAUGGUGCAAAAGAGAAUUCAUCUAUAUAAAUAACAGUUCAGAACAAGUUUGACUGUCUGUAUACUUCCAUGUGACAUUUUUUCCUUUGUAUAUUAUAGGGGAAAAGAAUAAAAUCUCUAGCCAAAUGUUUUAAGAGAGACAAUUUCAUUUAAAACAGAAAUGAGUUUUUAAAAGAAUUUGUUGCCACAAAAUGUAGAAGUACAAAGACUCAUUUUGUAGUCUAAGGGACGGCAUCGGUCAUUAUAUAGGGAUUGGGGAACCUUUAAGGGCAAGACAGACCAAAGGUAGAAAGAUGCACCAAUGCUUUUUCCUCUUUCCCCUUGCAGUUGCCAUUAUCAGGCUGUUCUUUCUCCACCAACUUGAUUUCCUUGCUUAAGUAAUGGAUGUACUGUUUUAAAUAUCUGUGGAACAACAUGCUGGGAAAAUUCACUGCUUGAAAAAUCCUCCUCACUGAUGCUUCCUAUUUAUAAGGGAAAAAAUGCCUUCUGCUAACUUUCCGUUUACAUAUUUUAUUCUUGGUUUAAAAAAAAAAGAUUCCAUAAACUGCAAUACUAAUUAUUGAGGGGUAUAUAGCAAACACAAUGGCAGAACAGAAAAUAUGACCGAACUAAAUCCAAAAAUCUUACUUACCAUAGAUUUGAGUAGAAUAAUGCAACAGUAUUUUAUAUCAGAUUAAGCCACUGUGAGUGUAUUUUGGCCUCUUAGAAUGGCAACAGUCAAAUAAGUGUGCUUUUAAUAUUGAACUUUUAUUGAAUUAGGCAUCUUUGUUUUAUUUUGGUAUGUGAAUAUAUGUGUGGUUUGAUCAUUUAAUUCCAGUUUUCAUAAACUGGAUGAUUUGAAGUAGAUAUUUAAUCAAGAGUUGGAUUCAUUCUUAGAAAUACUAGGGUAGGUAAAUAAGUAUUUCAGGUGUAGCAGAUUGCCUUGCAAUGUACUUAAAAUGGGUAAUUCAACAUGUUGUAUAAACCUGCAUGUAUCAGUGACAUAAUAUGGAUCUUGACCCACAAAAUUGUGAUCUAUUUACCGUAUUUGCC